AUUGGUCAUUUAUGAAGCUAAAUGUGGACUGAAUAUGUGAGAGUCACCAAAGUUGUUUUUCUGUCAGGUUUAAUCAGAGACAAAAAUGUGCUGAACUUGAACCUGAACCCAGCUGCAUGUCCUUCCAGAGCGAUGAGUCAAGGGGAUUUAUUAUUGAUUUUAAAGACCAACAUGCAUUAGAGUCAAAAGUGGACCAGCAGAGCUCAGAGGUUCCCAGUGCUCAGUCUGUCCAGCAGCACCAAACACACCUGGACUCCAUAUUUAUGCUGCUGGAGGAAAACAUUGUCACAUUUGUGAAGAAGGAGCUGAAGAAGAUCCAGAAGGUUCUGAGUCCAGAUUACCCAGAAUGCUUAGAGAAUCAGGGGGGGGAUAAGGAGGAGUUGGAUGGUGAGGAUGAAGAGCAGAAGAGGAGCAGCAGAGACGCGUUUCUGAAGAUCACAGCAAACUUCCUGAGGAGGAUGAAGCAAGAGGAGCUGGCUGACCGCCUGCAGAGCAGAUCUUCUGCUGCACUUUGUCAGGAUCAACUUAAAUCUCACCUGAGGCAGAAGUUCCAGUGUGUCUUUGAAGGCAUCGCUAAAGCAGGAAACCCAACCCUUCUGAACCAGAUCUACACAGAGCUCUACAUCACAGAGGGAGGGACUGGAGAGGUCAACGAUGAACAUGAGGUCAGACAGAUUGAAACAGCCUCCAGGAAACCAGACAGAGCAGAACCAAGCAUCAGACCAGAAGAUGUCUUUAUAGGCUCAACUGGAAGAGAUGGAGCCAUCAGAACAGUGAUGACAAAGGGAGUGGCUGGCAUUGGGAAAACAGUCCUAACACAGAAGUUCACUCUGGACUGGGCUGAAGGCAAAGCCAACCAGGACAUACACUUCACAUUUCCAUUCACCUUCAGAGAGCUGAAUGUGCUGAAAGAGCAAAAGUUCAGCUUGGUGAAACUUAUUCAUCACUUCUUCAGUGAAACCAAAGCAGCAGGAAUCUGCAGGUUUGAUCAGUUUCAGGUUGUUAUUAUCUUGGACGGUCUGGAUGAGUGUCGACUUCCCCUGGACUUCAACAAGACUAAAAUCCUGACUGAUGUCACAGAAUCCACCUCAGUGGAUGUGCUGCUGACAAACCUGAUCAGGGGGAACCUGCUUCCCUCUGCUCACCUCUGGAUCACCACACGACCUGCAGCAGCCAAUCAGAUCCCUCCUGUGUGUGUUGACAUGGUGACGGAGGUCAGAGGGUUCACUGACCCACAGAAGGAGGAGUACUUCAGGAAGAGAUUCACAGAUGAGCAGCAGGCCACAACAAUCAUGUCCCACAUCAAGACGUCACGAAGCCUCCACAUCAUGUGCCACAUCCCAGUCUUCUGCUGGAUCACUGCUACGGUUCUGGAGGAUCUGCUGGAAACCAGAGAGGGAGGAGAGCUGCCCAAGACCCUGACAGAGAUGUACAUCCACUUCCUGGUGGUUCAGACCAAAGUGAAGAACAUCAAGUAUGAUGGAGGAGCUGAGACAGAUUCACACUGGAAUAAGAAGAGCAGGAAGAUGAUUAAGUCUCUGGGAAAAGUGGCUUUUGAGCAGCUGCAGAAAGGAAACCUGAUCUUCUAUGAGUCAGACCUGACAGAGUGUGGCAUCGAUGUCAGAGCAGCCUCAGUUUAUUCAGGAGUGUUCACACAGGUCUUUAAAGAGGAAAAAGGGCUGUAUCAGGACAAGGUUUUCUGCUUCGUCCAUCUGAGUGUUCAGGAGUUUCUGGCUGCUCUUCAUGUCCAUCUGACCUUCAUCAACUCUGGAGUCAGUCUUUUGUCAGAACAACAAUCAUCACCACAGUUUUCUGUGAUUAGACAUAUGCUAAUGAAACCUUUUAUGAUGAAACAUGAACAUGCACCGUUCUACCACGUUGCUGUGGACAAGGCUUUAGAAAGUCCAAAUGGACACCUGGACCUGGUCCUCCGCUUCCUCCUGGGAUUUUCUCUUAAGAAAAAUCAGACAUUCUUACAAGGUUUGAUGACACGAAUGACAAGUAAUUUAAAAACCAAUCAGGAAACAGUUCAGUACAUCAAGAAGAAAAUUAAAGAGUUUCCUUCUGUAGAGAAAAGCAUCAACCUCUUCCACUGUCUAAAUGAACUGAAUGAUUGUUUUCUAGUAAAGGACAUCCAAUACUAUCUGAAACCAGGAGGUCUCUCCACAGAUAAACUGUCUCCUGCCCAGUGGUCAGCUCUGGUUUUCAUCUUAUUGUCUUCAGCAAAUGAUCUUGAAGUAUUUGACCUGAAUAAAUUCUUUGCUACAGAGGAGGCUUUUCUGAGGUUGUUGCCUGUGGUCAAAGUUUCCAACACAGCUCUACUGAGUAGCUGUAACCUGUCAGAGAGAAGCUGUGAAGCUCUGUCCUCAGUUCUCAGCUCUCAGUCCUCUAGUCUGAGAGAACUGGACCUGAGUAACAACAACCUGCAGGAUUCAGGAGUGAAGCUACUGUGUGCUGGACUGAAGAGUCCUCACUGUCGACUGGAGACUCUCAGACUGAGUAGCUGUGACCUGUCAGAGAGAAGCUGUGAAGCUCUGUCCUCAGUUCUCAGCUCUCAGUCCUCUAGUCUGAGAGAACUGGACCUGAGUAACAACAACCUGCAGAAUUCAGGAGUGAAUGUUCUGUGCGCUGGACUGAAGAGUCCUCACUGUCGACUGGAGACUCUCAGCCUGAGUGUGUGUGACCUGUCAGAGAGAAGCUGUGAAGCUCUGUCCUCAGCUCUCAGCUCUCAGUCCUCUAGUCUGAGAGAACUGGACCUGAAUAACAACAACCUGCAGAAUUCAGGACUGAAUGUUCUGUGCGCUGGACUGAAGAGUCCUCACUGUCGACUGGAGACUCUCAGGCUGUCAGGCUGUCUGCUCUCAGAGGAAGCUUGUGUCUCUCUGGCCUCAGCUCUGAGCUCCAACCCCUCCCAUCUGAGAGAGCUGGACCUGAGCUACAAUCAUCCAGGAGACUCAGGAGUGGAGCUGCUGUCUGCUGGAGUCAAGGAUCCACACUGGAGACUGGACACUCUCAGAGUGGAGCCUGGUGGAGUCCGAUGGUUGAGACUAGGUCUGAGCAAGUAUUUCUGUCAACUCACCAUCGACACAAACACAGUGAACAGGAAACUACAACUGUCUGACAACAACAGGAAGGUGACAUGUGUGAAGAAGGAUGAGUCAUAUCCUGAUCAUCCAGACAGAUUUGACGUCUUUCCUCAGCUGCUGUGUAGUAAUGGUCUGACUGGUCGCUGUUACUGGGAGGUUGAGUGGAGAGGAAGAGUUGAAAUAUCAGUGAGUUACAGAGGAAUCAGAAGGAAAGGACGCAGUGAUGACUGUUGGUUUGGAUUCAACGAUCAGUCCUGGAGUCUGAUCUGCUCUGAUAAUGGUUACUCUGUCAGACACAAUAACAUAGUAACACUCAUCUACUCCUCUGUGUCUGACAGAGUAUCAGUGUAUGUGGACUGUCCUGCUGGUUCUCUGUCCUUCUACAGAGUCUCCUCUGACAAACUGAUCCACCUUCACACCAUCAACACCACAUUCACUGAACUUCUUUAUCUCGGGUUUGGGUUCUGGUCUCCUGAUUCCUCAGUGUCUCUGUGUGAUGUGUCGUAGUGAGUUUGAUUCUGUCAGAGAAACGUUGUCACUUUGGAACAUAGUUCAGUCUGUUCAUGUCUGUCCUGUUGUCAUGUCAGCUAGAUGUAUUAAAACAAACUAUGGAGCUACUUGGGGAUUGUGUGAUCUUUGCAUUACACCUCUUGUCCCAUUUCUUGAUCUUUCCAUGAAUCAUUUCAUUUGAAGUUUUAUUCACUGUUCUUCUGACAAACACUGAUCAUUGAUCAAAUCUCCAGAUUGUGUGCUAUAAUAAACAUGUAUGUAACCUUUAA